GCUGGUAGCCUGUGGCUUCUCUGGGUUGCCUUCACACCUUGGCUCUUCUCCACGAUUGAUCUUGGGAUGCCAUAGUCCAUAUCGGUAACUUGUUCGCACAAAGCCAUUCACACCGAGAACAGCAGAUCCAUUCCACUGAUAUUCUAUUUUGUUGAAGAAUUGGUUACCGCAUUGUUCACACCGAGGACGUGCGUCGCGACCAUGGAACACAUUGACGUUGCCCUUGAGUCACUGUCUGUGUUCACCAUGCAAGAUCUUUUAUAUAAGGCAUAUGGUGCCAGUGAAGGAAGCAAACAACCAAGAUCUACGGUUUUCUACGGAGCAAGUUUAUGGAGAUUUUGCUUCUAUUUGAACAAAUCUAUCAAACAAAUUAAUGCGGCAGCCUUGUGUUGAAGUUCUUGUCGUCUACCAAGAACAAAUCUCAUAGUGCUCAAAAUGGCACCUCAUCGUAUAUACCACGACCCCGAUGAGGAGAUCGAGUAUAUCCCACUACCUGAUAUAUCAACCCAUCAGCUUGACCAACUCACGGACCUGUUGUGGAUGGAUCCAGGAGUCAACAUAGCUGUGCCGGAUAAAGACUGGUUGCUAGACCAGCAAGCUCGUGUAGCUAAACUCGACAAAUCAAACCGCCGUUCCACCAAACUCUUGGCCCGUCUCUCUGCCAAACUUGAAAGUCUGUCUUACACACUUGGUGCUGACGUUUCGCCAACAGCAUGUCUGUGCCCAGCCCAUCAUGGUCUUGAACCUAAGUUGAUCCGGCGACUUAUGCUCUUGAUCAUCGUCGAAUGCACUGAACGUAUCCAAACUCUGCGCACUUGGCGACAGCGUAUCGCUUAUCCCAGUGCUGUUAUCGCAUGGCUGGAUCGCAUCGAUGCCGUGACUGGACUUUGGAUCGGUCGUAAAGCUUUCAAUGCCACCUUUGGCUACGAACGUGUUUCGCCCACAAACCUCGUAGUCAAAAGCAAGUGCGAAGCUUGCAUUAUGUCGGUCAUUGGUGGUAGACCUCAGGUGCUGAGUGAUCUGCGAGCGACAUUGACUACGCGACGGGAUCGUCACAUCGACCGAGGUGGUAGAGAUCCAAGACUUCUCCGACUUAUUGAGUCUUGGAUAUCACACCAGCAUGCUGAUAGUCGUAGGGCCAUUUACACUGGAAGUGCUGAGAUCAGCAAAGAACUGAGCAAUCUGAUCAACACCAUCAACUGCCUGAGAGAGGAACGCCCGGGAUCUCAAUUAUCUCGAUCUUCAUAUCGAUCAGGUAAUGACCAUCCAUCGAGAGCGUAUGAAGAAGACGGUAGGCGCGGCCGUGCUCGUACUCGGCAAUCAUCUCAUGAACAGUCGUCUCGACCAAGCUACAGCAUCCACAGCCAGGAGGACAGACGCACAUUUCUUCGUCCCGAAUCAAGAUCUAGUCAGUCGAGUGCUCAGUUCCAAGGGGACGAGCAAAAUUGGAUGGAUGAAGACGUGGACUACCAAGCGUCGCUAUGGAUGGAUUGUCAGAUGCAACAGCGAGGAUUUACGGCCAAUGAACGAAGACAACUCUUUGAAGACGAUGUGCAUCCCGCCUUCAGCGACUAUGCAGAGAGUGUCAGGAAUAUGUCUCUCGGUGAUCGAUUGCAGAGGGACUAUGCGCUUGAGCAGAACAAGAGAGCAAGCAUCGUGCCAGAUGAACAGAUGGAAUCAUCAUCUGUCUACAGUAACCCAAGUGCCAUGCCACCUCCUCUUAGCUUCAGCAGAGGACCAAGCCCCCCUGAUACCACUGCCGGUAAUAGCCCUGCGGAAACUGAGUGGGUGCCUGUCUCGGUAUUUUCGCUCCAAGCAAGUGCUGCAGGCGGUUCACCUCCUCGUCAAGACACUGUGGAGCCGACCAAUGGAAGCGGUCGAGAGUCUACUACAUACGCCGAAUACCAAGCACAUAUAGAUUUCUGUCGGAAAUACGGAUUCAAGACGGGUCUCUCGUCUGAAGAUGGGGAGCCAUCAACUCCUCGGCCACCACGGGGUGGAAAGCAACGAACUUCGGUCGCUCCAUCAAUUGCAGCGUCGAGCGUUUACUCUUCGCAUUCUGGGUUUAGACACUCACAAGAGAACGUGGGUUCAUUGGCUCCAGGCGGUCAGACGGGCCAUCGGUCAUCACGUAUGUCGACUCAGAACCAGCCCAAGAAGAGUCUGUGGGAUCAGUUGCGGGAGGAUAGACGACGACUGAGGGAAGAUAGUGAUGAGGAGUAGAUGGAGUUGAUGCUUUCCAUGGA